CUCCGCUGGGGCCAUGCGUGCGCUGCUCGUGCUCGCGUGGCUGGCGCUGGCGUUGGCCGAGCGGCCGGUGGUGCGGUUCGAGGACGGGGAGCUGCGUGGAUUCACCCUUCACUCUUUCGAUGGACGCCAGUACGCCGCCUUCAAAGGUAUCCCGUAUGCGCAGCCGCCGGUGGGCGACCUGCGCCUCCGACCGCCGCGCGCCCACCCCGGCUGGUCGGGGGUGCGCGACGCCGCCCGGCACGGCUCCACCUGCCUGCAGUACAACAUGAUGCGUAACUUCACCAUGGAGGGCCAGGAGGAUUGCCUGUUCGUCAACGUGUACUCGCCCCGGCUGCCAGCCGGUGACGGUGAGCCCCGUCUGCCCGUCAUGGUGUGGAUCCACGGCGGAGGCUUCGUCAGCGGCUCUGGCGACGCCGAUAUCUUCGGCGCUGACUUCCUGAUGGACGAGGACGUCGUGGUCGUCACUCUUAACUACCGACUCAACGUGUUCGGCUUCUUCACCACGGAUGACGCGGAGGCACCGGGCAACAUCGGCCUGCUGGACCAGGUGCUGGCGCUGCAUUGGGUGCGCAGCAACAUCGCCCGCUUCGGCGGCGACCCGCAGCUGGUGACGUUAUUCGGCGAGUCGGCUGGCGGCGCCAGCGUCUCGCUGCAGGUGAUCAGCCCGCUAUCCGCCGGCCUCUUCCACCGGGCCGUCAGCCAGUCGGGCAGCGCUUCGAGCUGCUGGGCACUAGGCGGACAGCAGCGCCUUCUGGCGCUACACCUCGCUGCUGAGCUCGGCUGUCCGUCUGAAGAGAGCCGGGCCGUGCUGGAGUGCGUGCGUCGCGCACCGGCGGCCGACAUCAUGCGCGUGCUGGGCGCGCUAGCCUCAUCGACAAGCGACCUGCCAAAAAGGUUUCACCCCCGCGUGGACGGUGACGCCGCGUCGCCCUUCCUGCCGGCGGAGCCGAACGUGCUGCUCCAGCGCGGCCAGUUCAGCCACGUGCCCUGGAUGAUGGGCUGCAACCAGGACGAAGGCUUGUUUCUCCUCACCAUCGCGCGCGCUCGCGAGGAGGCGUUCCGGCGGGCUCAGGCCGGUGAUCUAGAGGCGUGGGUGUCAGAGGAGCUCAUGGGUGGCGGCGGCAUUUCCGGCAAGAUGGAAAAGCCGCUCGAUGUGGCCGCUAAGAUCAGGGACUUCUUUGGGAGCCGCGGUGACGCCGCUGUCGUAGAUCUACUCAGCGACCGCUUUUUCAUUCUAGCCCUAUCGGCCGAAGCCGACCUGGCUUCGCAGCACGUGCCCGUCUACAAGUACGUGCUGGACCACGUGGGGGCCGGCCAGCUGCGCUUUUCCGACCUGCUACAGGUCCCGGCGCCGUCCGCGUCCAACGUGACGCACGGUGACGACCUGGCCUACCUGUUCCACGGCGACCAGCAGCCGCUGCCGGAGCGUGGCUCGCCAGAGCACGCCAUGGUCCGGCUGCUGGUCAGCCUGUGGACGAGCUUCGCGCGGCGCGGCUACCCCGCCACGGACGUGCUGGACGCGCCCGCCUGGCCGAUCUUCACGGCGCAGAGCCAGCGCCACCUGCGGCUGAACGCGGCGCCGUCGCUGGGGGCCCGCGCCUUCGAGGAGCGCGUCCGCUUCUGGAGGAGCCUGCCGCUGGCCGAGCCAUGGAACGCGCACGAGCGAUCGUCGAUUCGGCCGCGCGACGAGCUCUGACCGCUGUGAGGUUCAUCUUGAGACCAGACUCUUGUAGAUGCAGAGCGGCUGAACGACUGGCGGAAUGUGCUGGGGGUUGUCAUGCUGACGAUAAUCGACCUGCAGUGCGCCAAGAGGCACCGGUUGAACGACGUGAUCGGGGAAACGUUGGUUAGAUUGCCCAAUGUUGAUAAUUUAUGCUGUGAUUUGGUCACCAGACACCAUUGGCUUGAAAUGGCGAGCUUCAACGUACCCAACGUUUGUUCGAUAAUGUCGUUUAAGUUACUCUCUCUGGUAUACUGAAGGCUGGUUAUUGUCUGUUUGGAGGCUCCGAAAUCAGUCCCGGCAAUCCCGGGGCUCAAGGUCUUUAGUGCCUAUAACGAGGACGGCUGACGGUCGUUUUCACGACACGGGUCAUUGCGGCCACGGUUGGUCUUAAUGGGUGCUGGCUGUGAUCAUGAUCCGAGAUGGCACAUGCUGAGCCUGCGGUGGCAAAUUGUGACCGGGAAUCUGGGCGGUGAUAGCAUAACUGGACGGUGAUAGCGCCUGUCAACAACCGUGCGCGUCGGGUCGUGGGUUCGAGGCCGACAACCUACGCAAUGUUUUAUCAUCGAUCAUUGAUCGCGUCAGUGACAUUUCAUCGUUCGGCGUGUUGUCAUAUUAUCGAUUGACGUGUUGGGAUAGUCGCGCUAAUUGGCCAAAAACAUCAAAUGCACGGGCGCCUCGUUAAGCUGAUUUCGCCUCAUUCGGGCGUCAUUUUGUCUUGAGCUUAGUAGUGUGAGCGUCGACAGGACCGGGAAGAACUUCAUCCAAGUAUGAUGAAAAUGAGCCAUGAGCUUAUGAAUAGUUUAUGAAUAAAGUUGCUUCUAGAAGGAACCAACUGAACACCUCAGCUAUGACUGCCGCAUGUUUUGAACUUCAGUAGCUUCUCGAUGAAUGUACCCGUGCAUCGUGAUGCGUCCGAUGCCCGAUGCCCGAUGAUGAUGAUGCCCGAUGGGGUGUGAAUGAGAAGCAAUGGGCAAACCACGUUAAUACGCGGCUUCACAUGCCCAUAACGCUUGCGUUCACUCAAUCAAUCGUCUACUGUUAAGACUAACAUG